AAAAACAAUCUUCGAUUUUUCGUGACUCACGUGUACUGUGCACAUGGGCUGGCAAACCCAAGUAGUUGGGCACACUUGGUCGUCAUUCUCAUCUUUGUUUCCUCUCUCCUUGUUUUUGGCAGUUCUUCUACUUCUACGCUACAGAAUAAACAACAAAGUCAAAAUAUUUCCAUAACGUUUUGAAGUUCUUCUCAAAAGCAAAUCUGGUGCCAAACAAAAGAAGAUGCAAUGGGAGCCUCCAGAGGACCAAGGCUUUCUGGGAUGCAGAAACAAGUCCUUAGUCUAUACAGAGGGUUUCUGAGGGCAGCCCGUGCAAAAUCUGCUGAAGAUCGACAGCAGAUUGAGUCACUUGUGUCAAGUGAGUUCCGCCGCAAUGCCAAGGAGGUAGACCGCAAAAAUUUCCUUUACAUUGAGUACUUGCUUCGCCGUGCUAAGAAACAGCUUGAUCAGCUCAGGAGCCCCGAUGUUGUUGGAUUAUCAGCCCUGAAUGUCAGUUUCUCGCAGACAAAACAUCCUACAAAUUGAAGUAAGAAUUUCAUCUAUUCUUAUUUACUUGUCGAGCCAAAUUUAGUUUGAUCCAUUGUUUAAACAGGGUAACAGAGGAAAAUAAAUUUUUGGCUGAAAUUUCCAUGUUACUAUAAAAUCUCAAUGUAAGCUAUUCAGAAAGCUCUAAAUUGUGCGAUUCAUUGAUGGUCAUGGUCUUCUAAGGCUAUGUGUAUUUAUUAUCUUCUGGAUAAUAAUAAUAAUAGCUUAUCCUGCGAAUGGUAAGCAAAUAUUACUUUUGAAA